GGUUGUGUACGACAAUGACGUCCGGUUGAACUCCACGAAACGACAUCAUGGAAAACACCCGAGACUCGAGAACGACGUGUUACUGCUAAUUCCGUUUUCGUUACGUCCAAUUUCAAAGUAACUCCUGACAAGUCCUCCGGGUCAUCUUCUCCUGAAAUUACAUUGUCAGCAGUCUCAAUCUUGUUCCGUCACUUGCCUCAGAAUUUUUCAGUCCUUACUUCCCUGACUCCCUCUCUGCUCUUCCGAAGACUUGGGUUGAUUGCACUUUCUUGGUCAAGCGGGAUAUGCACAGAGGAGACCGCCUUGGAAGCUCUCACUAUCGUCACUCCCGGGGUCCCUCAUGGUUGUCCGAUGAUCCCUUGACCUAUGGAAACCCCAGCCGUGGCCCAUCUAACCUCCGCUCUGCCGGAGCCGAAGGUCACUAUCGUUCUCUGGACAGUCCGCCAAGUCGGUCUCCUGGCAGAGGCGGUAGGUUCCGGCCACUGGAUGGUCCUAGUGGUUUCGGGUUUGAUAGUCAUCCUGUGCCACCGCAUUCUGGGCAGAAACGAGGCUUUCCUUUUUCUGGGCGUGGAGGGUCGCCAGAUCGUUUUGAUGGUAGAAGUUUUGCAAAACUUUAUGUUGGAUCUGUACCCCGGACUGCUACUGAAGAAGAUAUUCGCCCUUUGUUUGAGGAACAUGGAAAUGUGCUUGAGGUUGCUUUGAUUAAAGAUAGAAAAGCUGGGCAACAACAAGGUUAUUGCUUCAUUAAGUAUGCUACUUCAGAAGAAGCUGAUCAGGCAAUUAGAGCCUUGCACAAACAACAUACUCUUCCUGGAGGUGUAUGUCCAAUCCAAGUGAGAUAUGCUGAUGCUGAACAGGAACGUCUUGGUGCAACUGAGUACAAAUUAUUUGUGGGCUCUUUGAACAAACAGGCUACAGUAGAGGAAGUUGAGGAAAUUUUCUCAAAAUAUGGCCAGGUGGAAGAUGUGUGUCUCCUGCGUGAUGAGAAGAAGCAAAGCCGUGGACGCUGUUUUGUUAAAUACUCUCAUAGGGAUAUGGCACUGGCAGCUAUAAAUGCUCUUAACGGAAUUUAUACAAUGAAAGGUUGUGAUCAACCAUUAACUGUCCGGUUUGCCGAUCCAAAGAGACCUCGGCAAGGAGACUCAAGGGGUCCUGCUUUUCCCCGUCCAGGACUUGGUCCUAGAUUUGAAGCACCAGACCCAGGUCCUCCAUCAUAUGUUAAUGAACCUAAGGUUGAUCGUAUCCCUCCGUUUGAUGCUUGGCGUCCAAUGCAUCCACUGAAUAUGGGAUCGUCCUCUAACAUUGGUCCUUAUGGUGUAAGGCCUCCUCUGCUCCCAAGAUCUAGUGGCCCUGCAAUGCCUAUGAAUCCAGGUGUUCCUGCUAGUGGCUUUGGAGCCCCCAUGGAUGGUCCUUUUCAAGGGAACUCUUUGUCAUCAAUGUCACAACAGAAUUUGAACCCAGAAAUUUCACAACUUCCUCCUGUUAGCCAACAAAUGUUAUCUUCACAGAUACCUGUGCAUUUGUCUCAGGAACUGCCUUGUUCCCUCCAUUUGUACCAUCAAGCUCCAAUGCCCAGCUUACAGACAUCAAUGUCUCUUUCAUCAGUUAGGCAGGUUGGUCAGCCGCAACCUUUUUUGUCUAGGGGGCCGCUUCCUAUUCUGCAGGUGCCUGGCAUGAAUGGACAGUUACCAGCGUCCCAGCAUCAAACUCAACAGAAUCUUUCAUCUGCUGCAAUGCCUCGGAGCCCUCUCGAUGUUAGAUUGCAAUCUAAUACAGCUGUAAAUACUGCAAACCAACAGCGACUUCCUGCCUUGUUGCAGCAGCAGCAGCAGCCGCCACUUAAGCCUACCUUGUUGCAGCAGCAGCAACCACUUCAGCCAACCUUGUUGCAGCAGCAGCAACCGCUUCAGCCAACCUUGUUGCAGCAGCAGCCACUUCAGCCUCUUCAGCAGUCCCCAUCUCAGUUGGCUCAGAUGUGGUCACAACAAACUCAGACUUUGCAAGCAAGCUUUCAUUCGUCUCAUCAUGCCUUUUCCCAGAUUCAACAAGUGCAAAUGAUGCAGCCAUCUUGUCAAGAAUUAGCAUUGCAGCAAAAUGCAGAAGCUGCUAAAAAGCAGUCUCAAUCGCCUAUGAUUGUACCACAGUCAGUGGCCAGUAAUCCCGCUGCUGCUGCAGCAGCAGCCACAGAUCUUCCUUCUUCCGCAUAUGCUUCUGCUACACCUACAAUAAACCAGAACGUGGCUCUUUCAAAAUGCAAUUGGACAGAGCAUAUAUCUCCUGAGGGCUUCAAGUAUUAUUAUAAUAGUGUCACUCAUGAAAGUCGGUGGGAGAAACCAGAGGAGUUGACAUUAUCUGAAAGGCAAAAACAACAGCAAAUGCCAACUUUUCACCAGUCUCAAUCUCAGUUACAACCACCAGCGUUAUCUGCCCUGCCAGUUCCCCAAUCGCAACAGGUGCUGCCGCAAGGUCAGGUGCAGAUUCUCGACCAGGUCCAGCAACAGAUGCAGCAGCCUUCUGUAUCUUCUGAAGUUGGAUAUAUCCAAUCACAGACAUCAAGUGUAUCUGUUGGUGAUCCUCCUGCGCACGUCCCACAUGGGUUUCAUGGUUCACAAGGGUGGACGUUGAAUAAGCCAGCAGGAAAUUAUUGAACACGGAUGGGCGUGAGCCUGAAGCGGCGGCGGCGGCAAAUAGGGUAAGGGACAUUGGCUUUCUAAAAUAAUAAGAGGCCCUUGAGCUGAAAGCACAAAGUUAGGGUUUAGUGACCUUGGUUCUGAGUUCUGACCACCCAAGUAAACAUGGGGUGACAGUUAAUGUACAGUCAUGAGUAUUUAGGUUUCACUUCAGUUUCACUUGCUGGCUGAGCAGUAUAGUGGAGGGGGCCAUAUUACUCAUUAGAUAAGGCAAAUGAAGUGCCCCACCAAUUACCAUAGUCUUGUGUAACGUAGUUGCUAUAAUCGUAACCUAGCCAAUAUUGAGCAGCUCAUUAUAUAAGGCAUAUCAAUCAAUGGAGCAAUUCAAUA